CAGGCAUCACCCAGCAUGCCGCGCGCGGCCGCGCUCAAGGCACGCUCGUCGCUCGCCGCCGCCCUUGCCGGCGACGGCGCGAGCCUCUCGCCCGAGUCGCGCCGCGUCGCCCUGUUGCGCGCCGCCGCCGACGACGCCGAGAGCGACAGCGCCGACGACUUUGCCGCCAGCCGCAGCCACAGCGCGCCCAGCGCCGCGGAGGAGGACGACGAGCCCGCCUCGGAGGACAACGCCGCCUCGGAGGACGAGGAGAUGAGCGACGCCGGCGCACAGGCCGGCAGCAGCUCGAAGCGCAAGCAGCCCGCCGGCGCCAGGGGCAAGGGCCGCACGGCCAGGCGCGCCACGCCCGAGGUGUCGGGCAAGCAGGACGCCGCACAGGGCGCGCAGGCGUCGCGCGGCGUGCCGUACUUUGGCGCCGACGGCUUCAGCUACCACCUGCGCCAGCCGGCGCUCGUCGGCGCGCUCUACGCCUCGCCGCGCGCCACACACGUGCUGGAGUCCCAGUGGCCGCGCGACGGCGCGCGCCCGCAGACCGAGAUGCGUGCUCUCGAGUUGACCGUCGAGCGCACGAAGCGCUACCACGCCGCCGCCAUGAUGACGGCGGGCCAGGACAUCGACGUUGGCUGGUGGCCGGGCAAGCAGCGUGCGCAGCAGCACGCCGCUGGCAGCACGGCCGAGGGCAGUGACAAGAUCGGCAUGCCCUUUCAGCUGGACGUUGCGCCCCCGGUGCUGCUCGAGCCGGCCGAGGCGGCGCCGUACCUCGCGCCGCUAGCAUCCACAUCGAGUGCACAGCCGCUGCACCCACCCGAAGUCAACGAACGCCUGGACGAGCAGGAUCCCGUGCGCUUCGUCGAGGCGCCGCCGGCAGCCACGUCGGACGUGCUCCACCUCACUGCGGGCCUGGCUGCUGAGCGCCGCAAGAUUGCCAUUGCGCGAGGCCAGUCUCUUCGUCUGGACUCGCUCGGUCUGUCGGAUCCCGGCGGCCACGCGCUCGACGCAGGCGGACACGUGUACGGCGUGGACUUUCGACCCACGCCUGUGCCCUUCACCGAACCCAAGGAGUACCUCGUCGUGUCGGCGUCGAGCGCCGUCGCCCCGCGCACGAUGCUGGGCGAAGCUGCACCGCGGCCGGCUCCUGCGGCGCUGCAGAUCUGGAGCGUCAGCGCCGGCCCGGCCGGAGCUGCCACGCAGGAGCUGCUGCUCUGCCACGACUUCGGCACGGCCACGCAGGUCAGCUGGUGCCCUGCUGGCCACGACCACCGCGCCGCUGGCUCGACGCCGAGGCGGCUGGGCGUGCUGGCCGGCGUCUUCUCGACGGGCGUCGUUGCCGUCUUCGCCGUGCCGCACCCCGACGACCUCAAGGCGGGCGGCACCGUGCCUCGCGCCGUCAAGCUCGAGCCCGUCGUGCUGCUGGAGGUGCCCGCGACAUGCCUCAGCUGGGGCGGCGGCGAGCGUCUGGCCGCCGGCUGCAUGAACGGCCACGUCGUCGUCUGGCCCAUCGGCGACGUGCUGCGCGCAGGCAAGCGCACGGCGCUCCCGUCGCACUACUUUGAGGUGCACGACGCCGGCAUCCUCUCGCUCGCGUGGGAGAUGCUGCCGCCGCUCGACUUUGACGGCGAGCCGCAGGAGGACGAGCUGCCGCACGUCGUCACUACGGCCUCGCUCGACGGACAGGUGAUUUGUUGCGACAUUGACGACCCGUGGAUGACCGACGCGAAGAACUUUACUCGAGCCCAUCCGCAGAUUACGGCGUGGAGUGCGCACCUCGGCGGCGUCCUUGCCGAGCGUCCCGACGAGGGCACGACGAUUGGCCUGGUCGGCAACCGCGCCGACACGCGCGGCCAGUUCCACUCGCUCACUGCGCAGCCCGGGCGAGCGCUGAGCCUUGCGACGACGCCGAACCACGUCUACUACGCCCGCACGAGCACCGACGGCGCCGUGUACGUCUCUAGCAUCCUCAUCGAUGCCACGGAGCGCCGCCGCGCGUCGCGGAUGACGCAGCCCGUGUACUGCCUCGACAUUAAUCGGUCGACGGGCGAGCUGCUCAUGAAGGACCAGCUGCUUCCUCGCCCCGCGUACUCCGAGGACGCGCCCACGCUCGGCUGGCACCCCCGCGUCGCCGUCACGGCGUCGGCGUGGUGUCCCAACGCCGGCCGCGGCCUGCUGCUGGCCACGGGCGCGGCGUGCGGCCUCGUGCGCAUCGACUGGCUCGGCCACCACCUGCGCUUCGAGGGCGGCGAGGCGCCCGAGGAGGGCGCGGAGAUGCAGGACGCCGACGACGCCGAGGAGGAGGAUGAGGGAGAAGAGGAGGAGGAGGAGGAUGGCCACGACGACUGAUGGCGCCUUAUGACAUACCUGAGCCCGCACGCACCGGCCCUUUGAGCCACCUGUACACCACACCCUGUCACUCUACUCGUCACCCAC